ACACCAGCUUGGAUUGUAUUAAUUGGUAUCGAUAGAGCGUUGAAAAGAGAUCCCGAAAUGAAAUUUCUCGUAGUGCUUGCCCUGUGCGUGGUUGCUGCUGCGGCGACGGAGAACAACGAUCCCAUCUCGCAGGAAUCCAAUGUGGAAUACAAUGGCAAAUACCAUUAUCACUAUGAGCUGAAGGAUGGCUCCAAGGCCACUCAGGAUGGCGUUCUGAAGACUGUGAACGCCGAUCACAAUGGCGAGGCGGUCAAUGGCAAGUUCUCCUUCGUCGGCGACGAUGGCCAGACCUAUGUGGUGUCCUACACGGCCGACGAGAAUGGAUACCGCCCGGUGGGCGACCACCUGCCCACGCCACCACCCACUCCGGAGUCUGUGCUCAAGGCCCUGGAAUACAUCCGGCUGCAUCCUUACACCGUUCCCGAGAAGAAGCACUAAACUUCCCGCUAGAACUGAGCCAAAAUGUGAUUGGAACCAAAAGAACUGAGUCAGAGUUAAAAU